CUUCUCCCCCAAUUGGUGCCUCUGUCUCAAAUGAGAUGAUAAGAUUAUCGCGUGGUUCAUAGAUAAGUUAGCGUGGUUCAGCAGCAGACGUGUAUUAAUUAUUAUCAAGUAUCUGGAUUUACAUUGUGAGUUUUAUUAUAGGACUGUAGUGAUUUGUGAAAUUUAAAUAACUUUGCUCAAAAAUCAUAUAGCGUAAUUAACGCUAAACUGCGUAUUAACGCUGAACUGCGUAUUGACGCAUUAUUUUGCGAAUUAUUCGCAUUGACAGUUGCGUAUUUAACGCAUAUUCAUGCAAUGAGUGAAAACUCUGAGCAUUCGGAAAUGGCUGGUGGCCUUUCGGAAGAAAAAGAGGCUCCAGUGAACCCAUCAAUACUGACAAUGAUGAAGGAAAUGCAAAACAAUAUUGCUUCCUUGGCAUCAUCUGUCGUUGAGUUGAAAAGACGAGGACAGAAACGGAAAGCCGAAAAUCAACCGUGUUCCUCGAAAGAUUUGAGUGAUGUGUCAUCGGAUGAAGAAGAUGAAGAGAAAACUCAGAGGGACGAGUUCGGCGAUUUAGUUGAUGAAGUAGAUGAAGUUGAAGAGUUCGAUAACGACACUAUUUUAGAUGAACUUGCCGAAUGUUUUGGCACAGAAGAAAAAUGUGGCGAGCCGGUUCAUGAAAAACUGGCCAAAGUAACUAGCGAUGGUGUGCGUGCAGUGCUCAAUGCUGAAAAGAUCAAGGAAGUGAGCGAGAAGUAUAAUCGACCACGGAAUGUGCUUAAUCUGUCACCACCUAAGAUUAAUGAAGAAAUUCGAGCACACCUCAGUCGGAAAAUCCGAAAUCAAGACAUCAAACUUCAACGUACCCAGACUCUGGUAGCCAAGGCAAUUGUGCCUCAACUGCAGCAGAUCAAUCUUCUGCUUAAUGCAAAGCAAAAAGGAGAGGGCCCGUCAACGAAGGACCUCACAACCCUGGCAAUGGACGGUCUCAAAUUGAUGACGUACGUCUACUGUGAUCUAUCACAAAGAAGACGAGAGUUCAUUAUCCAACCCGAAAGUAACGACGAAUUCCGGGUGCUAUGCUCAAACGAUUAUCCCGUCACUGACAAACUGUUCGGGGAUGAUCUGGGGAAAAAGGUCGAAGAUAUCACGAAAGCAAAUAAGGUUGGGUCAAAGAUCUCGGGUAGCAGCAACAGACCUGAGAAGAGGAGUUUCCCAAGUCGGAAAUACCAAGGUCAAAGACCCUACAACCAGACCAACAGGCCUCAGCCUUUUUUAGGCCAGCGUUCUUUCCAGGGCUACAAAAAGAAAAUGUACCCAAACAACAAGCUGACGAAGAAAUAAAUCAGGAAGUGUUACCUUCAGAAAAUUCAGAUAGGAUCGGCGCUUCAAAAGAUUUCCACGGACGUAACGGAAGCCAUUGUAAUUGCACCAAUCUGGCCGACACAACAUUGGUUCCCGCAGCUACUACAGAUGGUUUGCAAACAAAGUUACAUAUUACCAAACAUACCGAACUUACUAACUCUUCCAAACGAGCCUCAGAGGAACCACCCGCUGAAGAAAAUGAGACUGGGAGCCUUCCGUGUGUCGGGAAAUCCUUUGAAAGUCGAAGCCUAUCAAAAGACACUCAAGCCAUUUUAUUGUCUUCAUGGAGAGAAUCCACUAAAAAACAAUAUCGGACAUAUAUUGAGAAAUGGAUGUCAUUUUGUUAUAAAAGAAAAAUUAAUAUUUUUGAAGCAAAUGUAGACAGUGUUUUAACAUAUUUGACUGAAUUGUAUAAUGCUGGCUUGGGAUAUAGUUGUAUUAAUACCGCCAGAAGCGCAUUGUCAUCAUUUUUACAAUUAGAAAAUUGUGUAAGUGUCGGGUCUCAUCCCCUUGUACGUAGAUUUAUGAAAGGUGUUUUUAAUCUUAGACCAAGUUUACCAAGAUAUAACGUGACUUGGGAUGUGAAUAUUGUUCUUAAGUUUUUAAAAAAUUUAACACCAAUUUCAUCUUUAUCAUUGUUAAAGUUAUCGCAAAAAUUACUUAUGCUGUUAGCCUUAUUAUCAGGUCAACGAGGCCAGACUCUUCAUUUGAUAGACAUAAGAAACAUACAUUUACAAGAUUCUUGUGUAAAAAUUGUAAUUGGUGACUUGUUGAAAACAUCAGACAAUAAGAAACAUCUGGGUGAAAUUAAUCUGUCCAGAUAUGACGAAGACACCGAUCUCUGUGUUGUGAAUGCAUUAACGCACUACCUGCAGCGUACAGAACACUUGCGUGCCUUAGAGACUAAACUGUUCAUUACGACACAAAGGCCGCACAAACCAGUGUCUCGAGAUACCAUCGGCCGAUGGCUGAAAUCCGUUAUGAAGCAAGCUGGUAUUGAUGUCAGCAUUUUCAAACCUCACAGCACGAGAGCAGCUUCCACCAGCGCCGCAUACGCUAUGCGCAUCCCUGUAGAUACUAUCAUACGGACAGUGGGCUGGUCUAAGGACUCAGUGUUUAGAAAAUUUUACAAGAAACCUGUUAGUCUUGAUGUACAAAUGAGUAAAAAUUUAUUGGAAAACUAUUCGUAGAUAUUAUAUAACAUGUACAUGAAUUGGAUUGUUUUAGAUAAAGUUCAAUGAACUAA